AGAAAAAAAAAAGAAAGAGAAAAAAAUAAGAGCGCUCUAAUUCAAUCUCUGUCAGGUUGAUGUGCCCGGUCCUUGCGAGAAAAUCCGAAUCGGACUAAAGAAUUUUUUUUUAAUAAAUCAAUAAAAAAGAAAAAAAGAAAAAGGAAAGAAAGAGAAAUCGCUGUCCUAAGGACUACCUCACAAGAAACCAUUAUCGGCUUCUGGCCGUAAGUAGCGAUCUUCGCGCAACUUCCAGACAUGGAUGAAAGCUUAAACAGCAACGAAUCUUUGAUUGCUCGCAUCCGACAGUUGGAACAAGAGCGCGAUGAAUUGCACAAAGAUAUUGAACAACUUUGUAUGCAACAAGCUGGACCCAGCUACUUGGGUGUAGCCACUAAAAUGCAUUUUCAAAGGAUCGCUGGCUUGGAACAGGAGAUUGAGAACAUGAAAAAGAAGUUUGCUGCUUGUACUAGAGAGAAUCUCAAUCUUCAAGAGGAGCUAUCAGAGGCUUAUAGAAUCAAGAGCCAACUAGCUGAUCUUCAUAGUGCAGAGGUUGCAAAGAACUUGGAAGCAGAGAAGCAGGUUAAGUUUUUUCAAGGCUGUGUAGCUGCUGCUUUUGCCGAACGGGAUAAUUCCAUAAUGGAGGCUGAGAAGGCAAAGGAGAGUGAGGAAUUGAUGUCAAAGCAAUUCAAUGAUCUGCAAAGGAGGAUAGAAGAGCUCACAGCAGAUUGUUCCGCACAGAAAAAACUUACCGAUGAACUGCAGGUUAGCUUAGAUAUGAAGGAGGAGCAGAAUAAAACCUUUAAGAAUAUUAUUGACAAGUUCUACCAGAUCAGGCAACAUUCUACAGAGGGAUCUGAGGUUACAAGUUGGGAUAAUAAAUGUGUAUACCUUUUGCAUGAUCCUGCAGAAAUGUGGAGUUUCAAUGAUACAACGACAGCUAAAUAUAUUAGUGCAUUGGAAGGAGAGUUGGAAAUGGCGAAGAAGUCUUCAGAUAAUCUUCAGAAUAAGCUACGGGUGGGUUUGGAGAUUGAAAAUCAUUUGAAGAGGAGGGUUCGCGAAUUAGAACAGAAGAGUAUCCAUGCAGAUGCAAUGAUCAAAAACAGGAUUGCUGAGCUGCGUCAUCAUUAUUCUGAGUGUAGGGUUCACAUUGUGAAUUUACUUGAUGAUGGAAAAUCUCUGAUCAAAUCGUCUGUUGAUGCAAUAGAUGAGAAGAUUAGAGAAUUUGGUGCUAGCAAAGCACAAACUUUGGAGCUUUCUCCGAGAGAAGUAAAUCAAGAAGAACAUGAAUGUCGAGAUGUACAUAUAACUCCCGGCGUGCCCCAUGAUUUACUAUCCAAGGAAUCUGAGCAGAGGAGUAAUCCCGACAGUCUGGGUGAUGGAAAGGAUGAUGCUUCGAAAGCCCUAGCACAGGCAUUGCAAGAGAAGGUUGCGACGUUAUUACUUUUGUCACAGCAAGAAGAAAGACAUUUGCUGGACAGUAAUGUGAAUACUGCUCUUCAAAGAAAAAUAGAGGAGCUUCAAAGAAACUUACUUCAGGUUACUAAUGAAAAGGUAAGAGCUCUGAUGGAGUUGGCACAAUUGAAGCAGGAAUAUCAACUGCUUAAAGAGAAAAAUGGUGGUCACAUAGAUAAAGAAAAAGUUGAUGUUGGGGAUAAGAGAGUUGAUGCUCCCGAAAAAGGUGGUAGAUUAACAAACUUGCUGAAGAAAACAAAUUUGAAACGCUGGGUUGGUACACUAGACCUUAGGGUAAAUGAAGCUGAAGUUCAUAUGGAUUUUGCCAGAUUAAAGAUUGAAAACGCAACUCUUAAGGAGAGCAUGGAAAGUAUGGAGCAUCUGAUUACCUCAAUCCACAGGCUUCGUCUGUCUCUUGUAAAGGCCAAAGAGUUGGCAGCUUUCGAAGGUACAGCUGCUACAAUGUCAGAACAUCUCAACGAGAUUGUUAGCGGUGCAAAACUCGUGAAGACUGCUCUUGGAAGCUCCCUACCUAUUAGCUGGUCUGCUGCUGCCGAGUUUGGGCUGGAUGGUGGUAAUUUGGGAAACGAGGCCAGUGGUGUCUCUGGGAACUCCAGCAAUGAGAAGAAAGACUUUGUUACUGCUGCAGGAGUUGAGAUGGUCGAGCUCUUGAUACUUGCAGCGCAGAUAUUGAAGGAUUACACGACUAAAAGUGCUGCAGUUCCAGACGAAGAUGCUAAUGGAUCUUUGUAAUGUGUUUCCAGUGGCGAUGGUUGUGAUGAUCAACAUAUUCGUGUGAUUGUGAUCUGGAAAGAGUUUGGACGUGGAUAGAAGGAAAAUUUACUCUGGACAUGAAAAUGAAAGCCGCGUAAGGAGAAUCGAACAUGAAAGUUUGUACGCUUGAGACAAACAUCAUUUACUUUUUAUACUUGCUUGUAAUAUAUUAUAUACGUGUUUCAAAAGAGUGGAUGAGUUCAGUUUAUAUUGUAAACGUGCAUGGUUUUGUAUUUCUCUGUUACUCUUAUAAUGUACAGUCAUAUU